AUGAUCGAAAUCGUCGUCCUCGCUCUAUUCGCCUCGCUGGCCCCCGCCGACCUCUCGUCGAUCUCCAAGCGCUCCGCCAUCGGGUGCCCGGAGACGUGCGACAAAUCCCGCUGCUCGCCCCCGCCCACGGCAGCCGAGUGCCCGGCUGGAGUGGCGCUGGACGCCUGCGACUGCUGCCCCGCGUGCGCGGCCGGUGAGGGGGAGCCGUGCGGCGGGGACGAGCGCCGCUGCGGCGAAGGUUUGACGUGCACGUUCAGCGACGGCGUGCCCGCCACCGGCACCGUGCGGCGCAGGGCUUCCACGGGGGUGUGCGUGUGCUCCAGCCCCGAGCCAGUGUGCGGCAGCGACGGCGUCACCUACGGCAACGUGUGCCGGCUCAGGCUGGAGAGCUUUCGGGCGGUCGAUGCCAGGCGACCGCCUGUCAUCCUCGUCCAGUGGGGCGCGUGCGGAGAGGGUCGGAGGAACCCUGAUAGUCUCCGCUUCAAGUACAACUUCAUCGCUGACGUAGUGGAGAAGAUCGCGCCCGCCGUCGUUCACAUCGAACUUUUCCGCAAGAUGGUUUAUUCCAAGCGCGAGGUGGCGGUUGCUAGUGGCUCGGGUUUCGUGGUGUCGGAGGACGGGGUCAUCGUCACCAACGCUCACGUGGUGGCUAAUAAACAUCGAGUCAAGGUUGAGCUAAAGAGCGGCGCCACGUUCGACGCCAAAAUCUUGGACGUGGACGAGAAGGCCGACAUCGCUCUUAUCAAAAUCGACAUCCGCAACAAACUUCCAGUUCUGCUGCUGGGCCGCUCGGCAGACCUCCGACCAGGCGAGUUCGUGGUGGCCAUCGGGAGCCCCUUCUCGCUCCAGAACACAGUCACCACCGGAAUCGUCAGCACUACCCAGCGGGGCGGCAAGGAGCUGGGUCUGCGCAACUCCGACAUGGACUACAUCCAGACCGAUGCUAUUAUCAAUUACGGCAACUCGGGAGGCCCGCUCGUCAACCUGGACGGCGAAGUGAUCGGUAUCAACACGCUGAAGGUGACGGCAGGAAUCUCUUUCGCCAUCCCGUCCGACAAAAUCCGAGAGUUCCUCGCAGAGUCGCACGACCGCCAAGUCAAAGGAAAGAACAGCGGCAAGAAGAAGUACAUUGGCAUCAGGAUGAUGAGCCUCACGCCAACUUUGGCUAAGGAGCUGAAGGACAGACGAUCGGACUUCCCGGACGUUACAUCCGGUGCAUACGUCAUCGAAGUCCUCAGCGGGACGCCCGCCGAAGCUGCCGGUCUGCGUGAAAGCGACGUGAUCAUCAGCAUCAACGGCGCACGCGUGGCGUCUGCCGGCGACGUGAGCGCUGCCAUCAGGCGCGACGACACGCUGCGGCUGGUGGUGCGGCGUGGCAACGAGGACAUCAUCGUCAGCGUGGUGCCCAACGACGUCGAGCCGUGA